AGCACUAUGGCAUCCUCCAAAGAUCCUCCCACUUCCUCGGUUGUGCCCAUUGACAUAUAUAUAAGGUUGUGCCUGGUAAAGUGUGUAUUUGGGUGCUGUUGAAGCUACACAAUGUUCACAGGGUGAAGACAGCCUUUAUCAUCGGUCCAUGAUGUCUAAACUGCAGGCGGUGAAGGCGCUGGUGGCCGAGAGACUGGCGGCGGCUGCGGAGGAGAUACUCAGCGCUGUCGAGAAGAAGCUGCUGCACACAUCAGAUAUGCCACCUGAACAGCAGAGGGCAGCUGUACACAAGCGGCUGGCGGUGGUUGCUGAAGAGAUCUUUAGGAUCCUGGAGAUAAUGAUGGGCGAAUACGAGGCAGAGGUCUCCAGUUCCCACAAGGAGAGCGAACGUCAACGCCAAAUGCUGGACAUCACGUUGAAAGCGGAGGCAAAUGUACAGAGAGCAGACAAACUGCCUCCCUCUGGGUCGGACUGUGACAAGGACGUUUCCUCUGAGCAGAGCAGGAGCUCCAGUCAGCUCCAGAAAACAUCAAAUCCACCACAGAUUAAAGACGCGUCUACGGAGACAGACUGUAGGCCCUCGCAUCUUCGCCAAAUACACAGAGCAGAAAAGGGCACUUCAACUAUGAUGGAAAUGGAGACGCUGCCACCUGGCGACAAGGUUCUCUCAUCCACCAACUCAGAAGCUGCGAGUGAAGACAAUGAUAAUGAGAUAAAUGAGAAGCCUCUCAAGUCAAACAAAAGAAAACCAUUUCAGAUUCAAAGUCAGGGUGAGGAUUGUUGCAAAAUGUGUGGAAGGUCUUUCCACAAAAGUGUCACUGGGAAAAAUAAAAAAAACCGGGAAAGGAACAUUUCUAUAACAAACAAGAGCCAAACUACGGGACAGAGUUGUUGCAGAGUUUGUGGAAAGUUUUUCCGGUACAAACGUUCUUUUCUGAAACACGUACUGACGCACGAACAGAGCUCCGAUGUGUGUGGAGCCUGUGGGAAACUUCUUGACUCCGACGAGAGCUUGAAGGUGCAUUUACAAACCCACAACGAAGGAAACCUCUGCAGGGAUCAAACGGACGACAAACGAUCGGAGGCAGAGUGCUCUGACGCUGAGAGUAAGAUGGGCGACAGUGAUGAGGAAUGGAAGGACAGUGAAGCCAGUGAUAGUGAGGAGGGAGACAGCGAGAAAGAUGAGACCAAAGACAGACAUUGUUCGCAGAAGUCCAAAACAAAAGCAUCAAACAAACCUAAAAAUAAGGAUUACAAGGAUUUAUCGCAGUUGAAAUACCGCUGCAAGGUGUGUGGCAAAUCUUUCUGCUACAGAGCCUCUUUUUUGAAGCAUGUGCAAGAAGACGAGGGGGAUACAGAUCUUUGCGGUGUGUGUGGGAAACGUUUCGAGUCCGAGGACAGCUUAAGGCUUCACUUGCAAACUUACAUCCGAACGAAUGACUGUGAAGUUUGCGGCAAACACUUUGACGGCCACAAACAACUGGAGAUGCACAUGAGGACCCACACAGGAGAGAAGCCGUACAUUUGCACCGUCUGCGGCAAGGCGUUUGCUCAAAAUGGAAACCUAAUGGGACACAUGAGAGUUCACACGGGGGAGAAGCCGUACGUUUGCAGCGUGUGCGGUCAGAACUUUAGCUUUAAAGAAUACAUGAUGGCUCACAUGAGGAUCCACACGGGGGAGAAGCCGUUUCUCUGCAGCGUCUGCGGGAAAGGAUUCAGACAGAGGGGGACUCUGAAAACACACAUGAUGAUCCACACAGGGGAGUCCACGCACCGAUGCAGCGUGUGUGACAAGAAGUUCUACAAGAGCGGAGCGCUGAAGAUCCACAUGAGGUCGCACACGGGGGAGAAGCCGUAUCUGUGCAACGUUUGUGGGAAAAGCUUCACGGCGAGCGGCUCGCUGACCAAACACAUGGGCGUCCACGAGGGGGAGCGAACGCACGGCUGCAGCGUCUGCGGCACAGGGUUCGCGAGGAAGGAGGAUCUGAAAAAACAUGUUCAGACUCACGGGGACGAGUCCACACAGCUGACAAGUCUUUAAUGCCUUUUAAAAUGGAGAAUUCAUUCAUUUUAGAAUGAAUUCAUUCUAAAUUCAUUUUAGAAUGGAAAUCGUGACACCCCUAGUUGCAGCCCUGAUCUCAUGACAUCAUGUCCGUGUGUUAAAUAUGGAGCUGGGUAAAGGAAGUGGUUAGCCUAGCUUAGCAUAAAGACUGGAAGCAGCUCGUCUAAAGUAAAAAAAAUAAAAUAAAA